AUGGAGACGCUGCAACUGACCGGUGGCACGACUCCGGCUUCUUCCCCUGCUCCUGGUUCCACUCCCGGCGGUUCUACCCCUUCUUCGGCUCCGGGCAAUGGCACUGGUAGUGGGUACAGGAUGAGGGAGAUUAAGUCAGUUCUCAUCGUCGAUUCACUAGUUAAUAGCGGAACGAAGGGGAACGCUUGGACUACAGGCUUAGAUGCAUUAAGCGGCGGCCAGCUGAGAAUCUCCACCAGUGACUCUGUUAACGUGGCGGUCCCUGCAAUCAAUCUUCCUCCAGCGAGAAGGUCCAUUAUGGCAAUGGAAACUCAGCAAAACAUCAAUUCAUUGUUUUGGGCAUCAAUAAUACUCGUCUUGGCUUUAACCAAAUCCCUCCGUGUUCAAGUUCAAGCAUCCAGCAGUACUAGUGGUUUUGCUAAAACAAUAAGGAGUGCAGAUGGUGGUGUGAUUGAUUGUGUGCAACUAUACAAGCAACCGGCUUUGAGACAUCCGCUUCUCAAGAAUCAUGUUAUCCAGAUGAAGCCCAGUUCAUAUCCACAUGGAAUCAAGACACCAAAUCACUCCCACAAUAGUUCAACUUCAGACCCGCAGCUGAUCCAGAACUGGCACAAGAAUGGAGGUUUUUGCCCUCCUGGAACCAUACCCAUUACCAGAUCAAAACUGAAUGUGCCACGUAAGACGGCACGUGUUCCGACAUCAUUCGCCGAUCAUCGGGCCGGCGGCGGCAACCACCUGGAUGGCAAGGAAACCGACCCUACAGGUCAUGAGUUCGUUCAAGCGUCCAUCUUUGGAGGCAACUACUAUGGAGCGACGGCAAAUAUCAACGUGUGGAGCCCAAAAGUAGAAGGGGAUAACGAAUUCAGCACGGCCCAACUUUGGGUCUAUGCUGGCCCAGAAGUCAAUGUCAUCGAGUUUGGUUGGAUGGUCACCAAGAAACAAAACCAGCCAAGCAUAUUCACAUCUUGGACUAGAGACGAGUACAAUUCGACCGGGUGUUACAAUUUGGAUUGCCCUGGUUUCGUCCAAACAAGUAACAAGUACGCCUUGGGUGAGCCUAUAGGUCCUGUUUCAUCCUACGAUCAGCCUCAGAGACAGGUUUUGAUGACCAUCCACAAGGACUUGGAGACCGGGAACUGGUGGCUGACCUUCCAAGGAGAGGAAAUGGGGUACUUCCCGCCGGUCAUUUUCACGAGCCUGGCAGAGAGAUCGAAUCGGGUGAGUUGGGGCGGUGAGGUGGUGAACAGCAAGAGCCUGCAGGACGGUGGUCACACCGCUACCGAAAUGGGGAGCGGCCGUUACGCUGGCAAAGGUUUCAGCCAAGCCUGCUACUUUCAAAACGCGGCCUACUUGACCAGUGAUGGAGUGGCGACGGACCCAGAAAGAAUCGAGACCUUCACGUCGAGGGAACCCUGCUACAACAUCGAUUUUGGGCCUAGAGUUGCCUCGCCGUCGCCCGGGGCCCAUUUCUACUUCGGCGGGCCGGGGGCCUCGCCUUCUUGUACAUUUUGA